AUGGAUAGCCAGUGUCAGAAGGAACGCUACUCACUGACCUUGGUCACGGGCCCAAGCAGUAAGCAGGCGGCACGGUCCUACAUUGCCCAAGUGGAUGCGACGUCUGACAACACCCCGUCGCAGUACAUGUCCUUCAGUGGAAGCGACAAAGACCAAACCAUGACAGUCAAUCUGGCAGGGGUGGUGGCCAUUUGCUACUGCGGCAUGGUGUCGGCCGAGAACGAGUGCGAGAGCUCGCUGAAUUGGCUCUUUGCAGGGCUGAUGACCAUCCAGGGACCCGAAGGUGGCAAGACCUUCAUUUUCCCGACCAAUGUGGUGGUGAAGUUUGAUCUGAAGGGAUGGGGAUUCAGUCCGGAUGAUCGCUUGCGAAUCAUCCCAGCGAAUGCGGAAUGUUCAGGCACUGCCCAGAAUCCAAACAACCCUGACAGCGACAUCAACUUCAAAGUCGAUUGUCCGGCCAUCAACGGUCAGGGCUGCAGGCAAGCAACCACAUCCGAGUCGAUCAUGACAUCCGUUUUGACCUCCAGCAGCCCUGGUGUCGGCAUUUUCAUCGAUCGGGUGGACAUUCAACAAACCUCCAGCACCUUGAGAUUUACAGGCGACAUCUCUCAGCACUUGGGGUCAGACCCGGAGUUUGGCGCUGACAUCAUCACGCUGGACCUUGAGCGGAUCAUCGUGAACGGAAAGGACAUCAACUCGGUCUCGGCCAUCGAACGCUUUGAAGCCAACAAAUUGGCAGGGGUGUUCGAGUUUCAGGAUACCUACACCAAUGGUCCAAUUCAGACAUAUCAAGUGGGUCAUCGGGUGAUGUCAACACCCAACUACGAUCAGAUGACUAUCCCGCAGGGCUGGGUCCCAACUGCUGCUGAUGGCGAGUUUUACUUCACCACUUCGCCCUUCACUUUCACUGACUCCAAGGGACACUGGACAAGGCGAAACAAGCUGGAGACCAAUGAGGAGAUUAAAGGAAUUACAGCAGCGCCCAAUCUGAAGCUGUGCUGGGGCAUCUACUCUGCCGGCCAAACCAAGUUUUACCACGAAGCUGGGAAGGUGAACUUUGUGGAUCCUCCAGCCAUGGCCAGCGCGGUUGUGAGUCUCACCACCAAGAUGCAAGAGGCGGUGGCACCGGUGAUUAUUGCCUUCAAGACCACGGAUUCACGCAAUGAGUACAGUACUCCAACUGG